UCGAUUCGCGGCAAAUGUUGGAAAUUGCUGCUUGAGGUCCAUCACGUCUCGGCACAAGAAUAUGUCUCAUUGGUCAAGCAAGGCAAGCCCGAGGAGUACAGCAAGAUCCGAAACGAUACUUUUCGCACGAUGGCCACAGACGACAAGUACAAGAGUCUGGUUGAGGAGGACAGUUUGAUCCGGGUCCUUUGUGCGUUUGCCUGGAGUACGCAGGCCACCACGGCCCAGGGUACGGAUGUCUCGUUCACAUAUGUGCAAGGAAUGAAUGUGCUAGCCGCACCAUUCCUGUACACGAUGUCAGAGAUAGAGGCAUUUUACUCGUAUUCGAACCUGCUCAGGUAUUGCUGUCCGCUCUAUGUCCAGCCAACACUGCAAGGCGUUCAUUGUGGCAUCAAGCUGCUGGAGCAGUGCUUGUGUAAGAUUGACCCCGAGCUGUACGAUUAUCUAAAGUUGAAGAAGCUGUCCGCGGAGCUGUAUGCCUUUCCCUCCGUGCUGACGAUUUGUGCAUGCACCCCCCCUCUGGAGCAGGCGAUGCAGCUAUGGGACUUUUUACUGGCCUGGGGUAUUCACUUAAACAUCAUCUGCAUCAUCGCUCAGUUAUACCUGAUCCGCGAUGAGCUUAUGAGCCAUGCUAGCCCUAUGAAGCUGCUGCGAAUAUUUCCAGAUUUGAAUGCAGACAAGAUUAUUCGGGAGACAAUCAGGAUGGUUAAACUCUUGCCGGACGAGCUGUAUGAUCUCCUGGUUCGCCACCCCUAUGAUCCCACGGUUGCGGAGCAAAUUAGCUGA